GAUUAUGGAACAGUCACUACAGAUAGUACAAUGCUCACUGAACAUCCAAUACUGGUGAAAUAUAGGAAGCAGGCAGAAGAAUUACACAGGAAAGAGCAUCAAUGGUUGAAAACAUCUCUUGAGCAAUGUCACAAACAGCUGAACCAAGGGAAAGGAAGGCGACUAAUUCUACCUCUCCCAGCUCUGAGUGACUGUCAAAACAUCAGUCCUGAUUCGGCCCAGGGAACUUCCUCUGCUAGCAAGUCAAGGGUCUGGUCUGCCAAAGCUCUGUCUGCAACAGAGCAACAGAAGGAAGACAUGGAUGACUGGGUCUGGGUGGUGUCCGUUCCUCCAUUGAAGUCAGCCACUUACACAGUUCGAAGUCAUCCUCCGAUAGUUUCUCCUGAAGAAGUGGAGGAAGUACAAUUGGAGAAGGAUGAAAUCGAAUAUAGGAUGAACACUGUGAAGGAGCGUGCAGCAAGGGAACUGCGCUGGAAGUUAGAUUAUCACCUACCCGGUUACACUGCGAUGUUAGCCUCCAGACAAAAUGCAGAUAGCUCAUUGAUGGAGACAUCACCUGCAGCGAUGUCUGAAGUAUUUGAGACGCUGUCAUUUCCUGUGAAAAGUUGUUGCAGAAGCUAUCUUUCCCAGGCAACAAAGUGCGGUCCUGCCAGGGCAGAAAAACCAGCAAGAGCACGCAAGCAUUGCAGAGAUAAUCAGGAGAAGAACCAAGAGAAAAUCCAACAGCCCCUUUGUGGACAGAAUAACAGAGACCAAGACAAGCCUGCUGCUGAUCCUGGGUGGGUUGUUGCACACAGCUCUACUUCACCAGGAGCUCUUCCCAUGCCUGCGAUAACUACAAAGUUGAAGCAACUAUCAGUUACAGCCGUCAAGUCAGAGCUGACUGACGACAUUGCCGAGUGAGGGCAAGAGAUGGCUCUGAAUGCCUCCGACCCCCUUAGAGGAUUUUAGCAUUUCACAAUCCUAACAUUUCCCACAGGACUUCCAUCUAGACUCCCACGCUACUGAAAGGCAACAAUACAAAUGGAGCAUUAUUGUCGCAACGGGAGAUAACUGAGAAACUGUGAUAAUCACAUUUCAGAGUCGGUGCAUUAAAAGAAUGAGCAAUGACUUACUUAUGGCAUUUUUUUCCUGUGUCAGAGCAAAUCAUUAAUUUAGAAAAAAAUGAACGGAAUAUAAUAGUUAGCUGCAGAACAGAGGUUGUGAGAGCAAAUCAAUUCAAAUGUGCUACAGAUUAAUUGGGUUACUAUCCAUUCAGUUUUGGAUUUUGAGGAAGAUGGCCCCCAUCACCCCACCCCAUAUUAAAAGCCCGGGUUUCUAGAAAACAAGCAACAUCAGUAUCAGUAAUAUACCACAGUACUGUGCCUUACAAUUUAUCUAACAGCUAAUAGUUCUUGAGAGUACUUCUCAGUCACACCUAAUUUUCCACACAUAUAUUCUCCACACAAGAUCUGGCCUCCCCCACAAUACCUAUGGAGUCCUCCAAGCCUUAAUUUUCCACCUUCUCAGUACACAGAGCAGAUUAUGGACAAAUAAAUUAUAACAAAUGUGAAUGUGACAAAGAAACCUCAAGCUAAAUGUAAAUUUGAAUGCUUUACGAAGUCAAUUAAUACAUUCUGCUUCCUACACUGGGCUCUUUGUUCUAUACAAUGUUUUUAAAUCUUCAUUUCACGAUAUUAUAUAUAUCAAGUACAACUGACUGAUCUUUUUUUCAUCACCAAAUCACCGUGACGUGUUGCUUUUGCUUUUUACUAUUAACAGCCACCAGUAAAUCACCCAUGUAGCCAAAUAGAUAUUUACAUGCAAAACCCGUUAAGAACAAUGCAAACCAUUCCACUUCAUUUUAUUGUCCAUAUGGAAAUUCAUUUAAAGUACAUUGCUCAUUCAUUCAGAAAAUGGCACAUCAAUGUAUAAUAACAAUAAAAAUAAAGAAAAUUAUUCCAUC